AGAGCAAAGAAGCAGCCUAGCACCUAGCCAGUCAGCGGAAAUCCCAAAAGAAAACACAGAGGACUACCCUCUGCAAUAGCUACGGCUCCUUGUUCGCACGCGCUGAUUUAACAGGCCACCUCUCGCAGGCAGCUCUGCCCACAGAAAUCUGCAGCAAUGGGCGUGGAAGGCUGCACCAAGUGCAUCAAAUACCUGCUUUUUGUCUUUAAUUUUGUCUUUUGGCUCGCAGGAGGAAUCAUUCUUGGUGUGGCACUCUGGCUCCGUCAUGAUUCGCAGACCACAAAUAUCCUGUACUUGCACCUAGGUGACAAGCAGGCCCCUAAUACAUUCUAUAUUGGGAUCUACAUCCUGAUUGCUGUUGGUGCAGUGAUGAUGUUUGUGGGGUUCCUGGGAUGCUACGGUGCUAUCCAGGAGUCCCAGUGCCUUCUGGGAACGUUCUUCACUUGCCUGGUGAUCCUGUUUGCUUGUGAAGUGGCUGCUGGAAUCUGGGGAUUCGUCAAUAAAGACCUGGUUGCCAAAGACGUGAAGCAGUUCUACGACCAAGCAUUGCAACAAGCGUUGCAACAAGACCUGUCAAAUUCUGAUGCAACUAAUGCGAAAACUGUGGUGAAGACCUUCCACGAAACGCUGGAUUGCUGCGGUGCAAACAGCAUGAUGGCCAUAGGCGCCUCGAUCACGCAUAGUGAUCUCUGUCCAAAGGAAAAAAACUUCUUGGAAACUCUUGUCCAGGGUCGCCUACCCCAGGAUUGUCAUAAGAAAAUUGAUGAGCUGUUCUCAGAGAAGUUGUACCUGAUCGGUAUUGCAGCCAUUGUGGUGGCUGUGAUCAUGAUCUUUGAAAUGAUCCUGAGCAUGAUACUGUGCUGUGGCAUAAGGAAUAGCACCGUGUAUUGAGAAGUGGAGAAUUGGGGGGGAAGAUUGGAGAUGACCGCGCAAAAGGGACCCCAAGUGCCACCAAGUGACCAGGAGACAUUUCAACAAAAGACAAAGAAAACUAUGUAUAUAAAUACUUCCAAUAUUACCAUACAGUACUUAUCAUUGUUACUUUAAACUACUUUUUUUUUAAACAAGUAAAACUUUCCCAUGA